AUGCCUAUUGGGCCGACGGAAGAUGGCACGACGGUUGGUGCUUCGAUUACACCGGCAUCGCCGCUCCGCCAGGUCUCUCUUGAAGGAUGUCUUCAACAGGUAUGGUCUGACGGUGAUGAUGGCGGUGAGCUAAAACUGUUGUGGCCAACAUUAGGGUUGCGUCCCCGGAGGCCAACAGUCACCGGGAGCGCUGAAGAAGAAGAUUCAGGUGUUGCUUGGUUUCAUGUUGGGAUUCGCAGCAGCGAGCUCACCGGAAACAUUGUGCUUGAGGUUGCCGGUGCUAAGCAAGUUAGGCGAUUGGAGGUGGUCCACUUGUGGUUCAUCGGGAGGAGUCACACGGGAUGGUGA